AAUAUCUUAAUUUGUGUUACAGAAUUACAGAAUUUUCAUUUUUGGGUGAACUAACCCUUUAAAGGAAAUACACAAUACGAUCCACAGCACUGUCAAUGCUGUUGCAGUUAUACUGUUGCUCUACUUAUAUGCUGCAGUGAAAAAAAGGCUGUUAUUUGUAGACCCCAACACAAUCUCAUGGCACUAUAUAAUUGCAUAACUAUUUUACGUUUUGGCAAAUAGGUGGCUAAUUCAUAUGAAUUUUCUGCCUAACACCCCUGACUGGUAUGUAUAGGGGUGGACCUUGUAUAGGGGUGGUAGAUUUGGUAAAACACACAUAAACUGCAAUAGGACUAAUCUAGCAAGCCCAAUAUCAAUCCAGUUGCCUCAUUUAAACUGUUGUUUUUGUGAAUAGACAUGGGAAAGGGUGGAAAAUAUACUGUACUCCAAAAGUUACUGCAUUGGCUUUUAUGGCAGUCAUUCAUGAAUAAUUUGAAUGUUAUCAGCUAUAAAAUUCGAAUGUUAAAACAACAGAAUGAGAAAUGUUUUGCAGGCUGUUGAAGUUGCAACGUAUAUCGGUCGCUGAGUGAAAACAGAGGGUGUGGGCUGAGCUCCUCUCACCACAUGCCUGGAUGGCAAGAUAAAGCUAACUGCCUUUGCAAAGAAGAUAGUGGGAUGACUGACCAAGAGACACCCAUUGUGGGUGAUCCCGAUCCCCCUCCAACAUACAUAAUCUUCCUCCUUGUCUUUUUCUUCUUCAUCACUGGCCUUCUGGGUUUCCUAAUCUGUCACUUAUUGAAGACGAAGGGCUACCGCUGUCAACUGGAAGAGGAUGAAGAAGAUUGUGAAGACAAACUGGGGACAGACAAAGAUGAUGAAUCAGAAGACAGUCAAGACACUGUGGAACAAAUUCUGAAAUGCAUCAUUGAGAAUGAAGCAAAUAUGGAGGCCUUCAAAGACAUGUUGGUUGGCCAAAAUGUUUGUGAGCAUCACGAUCCACGGUUACAUCAUAAAGAUAGUGGUCUUCCCCUUCACCAUCAUACAGUUCAUCUGGGUGGUGAAAUUAGCUCUUGUGUCCACUGUAUGCAAGGACAUAUAUUAAAAACACGACGCAGAAGCCGUGUGGCUAGAAGCAAAGCUCGGCCAGCGGAGCAGACUGUGUUUUCUGUGGGAAGAUUUCGUGUCACCCACACGGAGAAAAGAAACAGCCUUCAAGGUUCACAGAAUCUUCCUACCUCUAAGGCAGGAAACGCAUCAAAUGACACAACGCUCUCUGAUGGCAGGGCGGGAUUGAAAGACACUUCAAAAAAACAUCAAGAGGAAUACAACAUACGCAACAUGUUCAAAGACACUGGAGCAACCAACGGCAAAGUCCCAGAUGGAGGCAAACGGAAGAAGAGUGUCACAUUGCUCGGCUUCUAUAAGGCUGGUAAUCCUGUGGAGACCAAAGGGGGACAGGAAGUGUUUGAGGAGGACAAAGAGGCAUCAACCACUGCUGAUCAGUUAUCUUUCUCUCUAGAAGAAGGCUUGAGCUCAGUCGCGCUGUCUCCCACUGAUGAAACAGCUUUAGAUGAAAAAUCAAAUAAAGGCUCUGGUAGUAAAUUAGAGGAGACCAGCCUAGAGAACGAAAAGGCUGACGAAGCGACUUCAUGUGUGAAAUCGCAAGACAAAUUAAGCACAAACACAACAGAGACUGUUCCCAAUAGUUCUAAUGGCAGCUCUAGAUUUUCGGUGGUACGAACUACGGAAGAGACUGUCAUCCCACCUGCAGCCGCUGCUGACUAUAGAGGAGAUGAUGCAACAAAACACGAGGACAUUAAGACUGGCCAAGUUAGACAGGAGAGUACAGACAAUCAGCAGAUAUGAUUCAGCCCCACAAGCAUAACAUAAUAAAAUUAUAAGAUGGUCAGACAAUUGUUUAUUGAGAGCGAGACUUAGAAAACCGAAAACUUGUAAUUUGCCACAACACUGCUUUUACCAAAAAUACACUUUGUUCUCAAUUAAUUGCAUAUUAAAUCUAUAAAUAUGAUGGGCCUAAUCAAAAUGCAAUGGCACUAAAAUAUAUUGACAAUUUGGUGUUUUCUGUUCUCAUCUUUAGAAAGCAGCUUAAUUCAGUGCAAUCAUAGCUCAUAUUAAAAUAACACUGUACUCAAUUGAGUUAUAGGGGAAUAUACAUGAACUACUUAAACUUGUGUCAUGUAUAUAAGACUGCAAAACAAAGAUUGUCAGUUAUGCAGAUCAUCAAUGAAUAGAAAUAUGAACAUUUCUAUUUAAAGACAUUUCACCACUUAUCCAGAUGGCUUGGCACCACUCAUCAGCUGCCAAAUUACAUUUGAUGGGCAAUUGUGUGAUUAUAGCUGAAAUGUCUGGUAUUUUAAAAGUUUGAAAAGUCAUCACUGAAAAGAAGAGGGACAAACAUUACUUAUUAACCACUUACCUCAAAAAUUCUUCCUCUGUGAAGUGCAUUUUAAUUUGCAGCAAGAGAUACAAUAUGGAGAAGUAGUCUCAGCCUCAGAUGUCAUCUGAUGCAUAUUGCACAUAAAACUGGAAAACACUUUUCAGUCUAUCAUUAUGUCUGCACAUAGGUGUUUUUAUCAGUUCAUUUUUGAGGAUGAAGUAAUCACUGUAUUUGCUGAAAUUUUGCAAAGAUGGUAACAAAAUCUUUUUAAAAAUUUUAUUUGUUUGAGAUUGCUGUACCAUUACAUGACUGUUAGCAAGUCCUGAGGUAGUGUUACAGCUAAUAGAUGUGACAAAAGCACCCCUUGUUUUUAAAAAUUAAUAGUGCUAAAUAAGAACUAUAUAUGUAGGUUUUUGACAUAUGUUGGUAACAGAGAUAAAUUCAUCUCAUGACAAAAAUCACUUUCAUUCUGAUCAGUCUUUGUGCAGUAAAAAGCAAAAAUUGCUACAACUGUACUCAGUUUACCCCAUGUAUGACAUUUUUCCUUGGUUUCCAUUGAGUCCAUUUUUUCCCAUUUCAGUACAAUUUUUGUAUACCUGUGUAUGUUUUUGAGAAUAGAAAAUAAAAUAUUAAAAUAAAAGUUGAAAAAAGUUUUUACACCAUCCAUGUCAGUCAGCCCUGUUAUAUGCUCAAUGGUAAAAAUGUACUGACAUUCGAUGACCUAGAAAUAGUGCAUCAGAAUUUUAAAUAUUUUGCAAACAUAUCACUCUUUCUGUCUUUUUGUCUUCAGUCCCUCCUCAAACUACAUUACCCAGAAGAUCCUCUCCAAACUUUUAAACACACACACAUUCCAAAUUUGGUCACACGACACAAGGAAGCUAAAUAGAUGGCAUCCCUGGCAGAGAUGCAGGGGCCUGUACCAUGAUGUUGAAUAUCCGUUGUUGAACAAACUCAGGGUUAUGUGAUUAGUUUUGAGUUGACAAAACCAAAUACAAUCAGGCUUUGUUGCUACCAUGAAUUUUUUUUUUUUUUUUUUAAGAUAUUUGAGAACAAAUAAUCAUAAUAUGU